GCUCUGAUAAUCUGUAAGUAUCAAUCAAUAUACAUUAUUUCAUUAGAAAUACAAACUUGUUUUCCAAUUGAGAGAGAUCUGCCUGAAGACGAAGAUGCCAUUUUUCUGCUUGUUUAAACAAUUGUUUAAGCAAAAGUACAUUACUAUGGCAUGUAUUGAUCAAGUCUGUUUCAAUGUCGGUUUGGACAACUUUGCACAGACCAUUCAAAAUAUCAUUUACUUCUUCACUAGUAUAAGUAUCUUCUAAAAGCCUGGAAUCCUUUACAUCUUUGAAACAAUAUUCGACCGCUUUUAAAUUCUGGGAACGCUGAUAUCUCGCAAAUCUCAUGUAAUUUAUUAUGAUUUCUUCAUGAUGCUCGUUCAAAUCGAGAUCACUCAUUCUGAGUACAGGGGAAAUUGUUUUUCGUUAAUCUGACAGUAUGCGGAAAAUCAAUUGCCCAAUUGCCUUUCUGAACAUCACCAAUUGUUCGCUCGUCGUCAUUCUGAUUUUCAUAAACUUCCGGGACAGACAGCGUGGAGACUUCGCAGCCAACUGUUUGGUGAUACCCCUGUUGUGUGACCACUCGUUAUACAACGACAUAAUUUUUUGUCAAGUACUUUAGUACUUAAGUUGGAGCUAAUAAAAUCAAUUGUGCCGUAGUUGUGAAAACAUAAUACGGAAGGGAAGUGAUUAUGAGAAACAUUGUGUGCAUAAUCUAAUACUGCUAUUCCUCUCUUUAACUGUUGUCAUCCCUGAAUAAAAUCCUUCAAGAUGGCUUCUUCAGGAAAGAAAGGGAAAAGUAAGAAAGGAGUGACUUUGGCGUGGAAUGAUUUUGUAGCUGAUACUGAACAGAAAAGUGCUACUUAUGCUGCCCCAAACAGCAGAAGUGGUGUACCUCGCAAGUCAGCCAAUUGGGCAGAUGAAACUGAGGAUGAUGAUCCUCGCAAAGAAAAGGUGGUUUUACCAUCUGGUCCACGUGCAACUUGGGGUUUGGAUCUUGAUGAAAACAAAAUUCCUAAAUCUCCUCCCUUUUUGGCAUACAUAUCAAACCUCCCAUAUGAAGUGGAAGAAGAUGAGAUAGAAGAUUUCUUUAAAGAUCUUCAGAUUGUGAAUGUGCGGUUACCUCGAGAUGAACGCCCUGGAAGACUUCGUGGAUUUGGUUAUGUGGAAUUUGAGACACGGCAAUCUCUUAUUGAUGCCCUUUCCCUGCCCGACACUACUAUCAAAGGUCGUAGGAUUCGCAUCGAAGUUGCAGCAGAGAAUGAUAGGCGACGUGGUCGUGAUAGUAUGCGUACUGAUCGACCUGCUAAUUAUGAUGCUGAAAGAUCUGCUGGAGAUUGGCGAGCUGGUCCUAGGGAAGGACCUCUUGGAGAGCCUGAUCGUGGUCGUGGAUCUGGAUCUGGUUUCAUAACCAGAGAUCGUGAUCCUGGUUUCAUGACCAGAGAUCGUGAUCCUGGUUUUAUGACUAGAGAUCGUGAUCCUGGUUUCAUGACCAGAGAGCGUGAUGGUGGAUUUGAUCGAUCUGCUCCACGUCGAGAUUUUGGAUCUGGUGGUUUCAGAGAAGGAUUUGACAGAGAUCGUGGUAGCGGUGGUGGUGGUGGAUUUAGAGAAGGUGGUCGGGAAGGAUUUGGGGAUAGGGAUCGGGAGAAAGGAGGUAGUUGGUUUUCUGAUCGUGAUGAUCGGGAGAAAGGAGGUAGUUGGUUUUCUGAUCGUGAUGAUCGGGAGCGAGGUCGAGGUUUUGGUGAUAGAGAAGGAUUUGGGGAUCGAGAUAGGGGGCGAUUUGGGGAUAGAGAUAGAGACUUUGGUCGUGAUAGAGAUGGAGGAUUUGGUCCUCCAAGAAGGGACUUUGGCCGUGAUGGCUUCCGUUCUGAAGGCAGAGAUGAUUUACCUCCUGUUGAUAGAGGUGAACCACGAGCUCGCCCUAGACUGAAUUUACAGCCUAGAACGAAGCCUGUUGAAGAAGUGUCAGCCCCAGCGGCUGCUGCUGAUGCAGCUGCACCAGCUGCAGCAGCACCGCCUCCAACUGGAGCACCAGCUUCUAUUUUUGGUGGCGCAAAACCUGUAGACACUGCUGCUCGUGAAAGGGAAAUAGAGGAGCGUUUGGCCCGGGAACGUGGUUCAGAUGCUCCUCGUUCAGACAGAAGUAAUGAUAGAUCCAGAGAUAGAGAUGGAUCUCGUGGUCCUCCAAAACAGUCUGGUGAAUCUGGUAGGGAGAAUUUCUGGUCACGUUCACGUCAGAAUGGCCCUCCUGAUAAUGGACGUGCAAGCCCUCACAGUGAUCACUCUGAUCAUGAGGUAAGGCGAGACCGUGAUGAUUCUCAACGGAGGUACCGAUCACGACCUGAAUCACCUGAAGGUGGCAGUAGGUCUGGUGACAGCCAUUAUGAACGGAGUACAUCACAACAUAGUAAUUAUGAGCAUGAUAACUUGGGACCUCGUGAAGAACGUGGUCGAACAGGUAGACCUCGUUCUGGGCCUUCAGAUGUUCGAGGACGUAGCAGUAGCAGCAGCGUGGGUGUUCCUGAGCAAAGCUCUAGAACUGAUAUGGAAAGACCCAAAUCAAGAGAUUCACAGACUCUUGAAUCAAUUUUGCUGGAUCCAAUAAGUAUGCCUAUUUGCACAGCGAUGAAGAAGACCACGACUAAUAAAGCAAAUAGUCAUCUAUUGCAGCCAAUUGUGAAGCGCCUUGUUUUGGGUUUUGUGAGUACUGCACCCGACGACACAACCCAGUCCACUUCUGAUGGCAUAAAAUUGUUGACCCUAAGUGGUGCUGUACUUGUACAUAAUUCAGGCAAAUAAAGAAAUGAUUGACAAGGAAUAAUUACAUCAAAGUUAUCAAUUAUUAGAUGCCUUAGUAGCACAGAACUAAUAAAAAAAAGAGAAUACACUUCGCUGACAGGUUUGGACUGGAGACUGUCAUGGGGUAUAGCUUUUUGGAGACACGUGAUACAAAUUCACCAUGUUACCAAGUAUUCUCAUUAUAGAACUCCUAAAGUAUUGCCUGUUCUGCCUGGCAAUAUGCUCUAUAAAUCAACUACGCAAUAACUGCUACUACAUGUGAAUGAACAUCCAUGUUUUCAGAAUGACUUCAAUGUUGUAGUAAUUUUCAUUUUGACCGAAGACUUUUGCAUAAUCAUCGGCCUAUCCACUGUAAUGUUGCUGUUCAGUUUGUAUAUGUCUAAAGCUAGUUUUUCUUUGUGUAUGUUGCUCAGGAAUGUAUGAAUGAGCGAAUGAGAAGAGCACGUAUUAUAAGUUGGAGGUGAAAUGUAAAAGGCAUGCCCAGUAUAUAUAUAUAUAUAUCUGUAAAAUUGUAAUGGUCAGCAACUCUGAAUGAAGUUUAGUAUAGUGUUGACUUACAGAAUUCAUAAUUUGGAGCAGUUUGCAUGUGGCAAGGGCAAUUAACAUUUCUUAUUGUGAAUGAAUUUAUACCUGAACUCAUUUGUUUGCGAUGGGCAAACCUGGAUACUCUACAAUCAUAUGGUUUAUUCUAUUUGUACAGGCCAUGAGAGAGAAGUGCUUCAGAUUAAUGGAUAGAGGAGGUUAUAUCACAAAUGUUAUUACAAAUAAUAAUCAAGGGUUGUUUUUCUGUGACGAUAACUUAUGUUCUAGUAAAGAUAUUUUAUUCUGAAAAUGUAUUUCAAUAUGUAUUUAAGUGAACUGUUAAAUGGUUAUUAGGAUGACCUUGUGGUUGCUAUUUAUAUUUUGUUUUGAUUACAAGCUGAACAUGUAUCACUAGCAAGUUCUGAUGUUUAUUUGGCAAAAGUAUUAAAGAUUAUGUAGCUCUACCAAUAUUUUCUGUGCAAAUUUGAUGAAAGUUGGUAUAAGUAAAAUAUUUGCCUUGGAGUUUUUUGUUUUAAAUCACAAUUUACUUGCAUGACCAAAGAAUUUACCUGAUCCUUGUAUCAUACAUCCCAAGUUUUCUUGGUAUCCUUAUGCAUAAAUUGUCUCGAUUUCAGGUAUCUCACAACAGGUUGAUGUUGCUUGUGAAUAAUUUCAGUUCAAUUUUAAGCUAAAAGUUAUAAUACUUAAAUAUAUACAUGAACAUUUUGUAUUAUUCUUUUCCAAGUAUGCAUUGCUAAUGGUACCUGGACAGAAUUUUUAAUUGUGACUUGGCCUGUGAUGUACCAAAUACUGAAAUGGGGAAGUUGUUCGAUGUGUCAGUCUAAAUGUUAUGAUCAGGUAUGUGUUUGGUGUUCUUCAUUUCUUUUCUUUUUAAUAAUUGGUACAAUAUUGACCUAAAAAGUACAUCAGAAUUCAAUGAAAUAAUGUACAUCUUAGGGGUUUCCCUUUUCUUGCAUUGAGUCCUUUUAAAGUAAUGGUUUACUUCAAGCCCCCUUCAGUUUUCCUAUAAUGUAAAGCACACAACUUAAUAAAAAUGCUUAUUCAUUUGCUAAUAAUUUUUUUUUUUUCCUUUAAUGGGAGUAAUGGUGCAAAAGAGGUGUGAAUUUGUAAUUUCUAUUAGAUAUUUCCAAGUUUUAUAUACAAAAAAAUAUUCAUUAUUGUUUUCAUCAAUGUUUUAAAUAUUUUUAGUAUAAUUUUUUAACAUUUAAAAAUAUCAUUCACCCCAGGGGGUUGACACUGACCUUGUCUAGUUGUUUCUAAACAAAUGUUUCCAUUACUAACUUGUCAGUUGUAAAUUGUUAUCAGGGUUGCAUUAAAGGACCAAAAAAAUUACAAAAUCUAUUAGUGUAGGAAUGAUGCUUUAAGAAAUGUUUUAAUUUCAAUAAAAGCCUUUUGUGCGAUAACACUGGUACAUAGAUUCAUCAGUGAAUUUUAUUUGUAUGGUGGAAUCACUGUCAAGAGUUCAAACAAACAUUUAGAAGACACAAAAUCACGUCCAUAGGAAGAAAAAUGCGUCUGCAUUGUAUGAGAAAAUUCACAAUUUCUCAUUCUACCUCUCUCUUUUAUGAAGAACAGGCUUGUGUUCAAAGUUAAACUCACCGAUUAAAAGGGACAGCAGAUGUCAGAAAUUUGUACCGUUAAUUACUGAACUGAUCACACACACAUGCAAUACAUGUUCACUUCCCUUCAUAUUUUUGACCAAUAUUUUGAUUAUCAGCCUUUAUACCAUUACUUCUUACUGUUAUAUAGUAGAGUGGAAAAUUGUUCAGUUUCAUAACAAAUGUUAUGUUAUUUUAGCUAGGAAAUUUAUGAAUUGACUCUAGAAAGUCCUUUAAAGCUGCUUUUUUAAAAUUUUCACUGGCUCAUAUUUUUUUUGUAAUUGUGAAAAAGAAAAAUGGUUAAAUGAACAAAAUUAAAGUUAACAAGUAUAUUUUAACAUUUUAAUAAAUAAUUUUUCUCAUAUAUAUAUAAUAAGUCGAAUUUCAGAAAUGUCUGAACAACUUGAAGUCCUUAUUUAUUUCACAAUGGAUUUUUUUCCCUAAGAGAUAUGCUAUCAGAUUGUCACAGCUUAAGGCAUUGUAAAUUUAAACACCAUUUUUUUUUCGAGAUACUUUACACUAGGUCAGCUCAUGUGGCAAGUCCAGUCUGCAUGCUGUGGCUCACUUAUCUGCAGGCCUCCUGUCUGUUCUACUGUUUGUCAAGUUAGCCCGACUGGGAAGGAGGAAUGACAUUCAGUGUGUUCAGCUGUAGUCUAGUGAAAGCCAAUGAGAAGAUAGUGUGGCCCGAAUUCGUGCAUUCACGUUACCCUGAUUUACCUGUAACUUGUUCAUAAUUUUCAAAAACAUUCUCACAAAUUGCUUCAGUUUUUUUCUCUACACAUUUUUUGGAUCUCAGGUCAACUUGUCAUAUUAUAUAAGGGUACAUGAGAAUAUAAUUUUGCAACUUGUAUCUUCAGUCAAUUCAUGAAAAAAUCUUCAGCAAAAGAUAUGAAUUUGCUAAUUUUCACAUUUCAAAGGUUUUAAUGACAAUUAGCCUUAAACCAUUUUCAUAACCACACUUUUCUGUAUUCAAGAAAAUAGUGGGCAUAUAGUUUCAUGAAUUUGCAACAGUUAAUAGAUUAGAUUUAUUCAGUGAAAAAAAACAAACAGUAAAAACUAUGUGAUGUAGGGGGGAAAAUAUUAUUUGGGCAAGUUUUCUUGGGUUCCAGAAUCCCUUACCAUCAUUUUAACUAUAAAUAGUUGAAAGAUGAGUAAAGAUUUAACAUA